GCCACCUGUCACCAUCGCUUCCCCCACUCGCGUCUCUCACUCAGUCAUCCCCCACUGCCCGUCAGUCGCCGUCACUCCUUUCGCACUUUCUUCCUUUGCCCGUCGCUACGAUCGUCCCUCUUCCUCUUCAUAGCCGUCGGACGGUCCCGGCCACCACCACCACCAGCACGGCCCGUGUCCUCGAAGGGCGGCGACGCGCUGUGGGCCGGAAUGAGCGGUGGCGGCAUGAGCGGUGGGAAGUUGACUGGCGAAGGCAUCUCGAGAGGCAGGAAUGGCGCAGGGGGCACAUAUGGCUCAGCAACAGCAGCAGCUGCUGCGGCCGCUGCCGCUGCGGGGGGCGAAGGCUUCUUCUGGCUGCACAGCACAAGACAGAAUGAGACGAGAAUCGACCAGUAGGCACUCGUCCAUGAGUCGAUGUGUCUCCUCUACCUGCCGUACUUCGGUGGCUCCUCGUACUCGUUCUUGUCCUCCUGUUUGGCAAAAUACAUCGACUCGCCGUCGAAUACCCACUUGCGCGGGGGGCUGUCCGCCGGCUGGGCCACCGCAGCGGCCGCACAGGGAAAAGGUGAGCUCUUCUCCCCCCUAGAUACACACAAAUGGAGACAAGAGAAAAAAUGGGAAUACUUGCAUUAAGUGAUGUCUGUCUGCUGUGGGUGGGUCUCACCUUUUGCCGCACAUGUCUUCGUCUCCCACUGAAUACUCCUCUGGACAUCCCUUCCCCUUCAGCGCCGUCGGACGAGGCGGCGACACGGAUCGCUCUCGGCCGCCAGCAGCACGGCCCCUGUCCCCGAAUAGCGGCGACGCGCGCUGGGCCUGGGCGGGAAUGAGUGGCGGGGGCAUGGGGGGUGGGAACAUGAACGGCGGGGGGAUCUCGGGAGGCAGGAAUGGCGCAGGGGGCACAUAUGGCGCAGCAGCUGCUGCUGCGGCCGCGGCAGGGCCACCACCGUUGGUCUCCUCGGCCUCAGACUCAUUGCCCAGUGCCACGGCCAUCUCAUGGUCCUCCUCGAGCUGAUCCUGUCGUCGGACUUCCAUGAUAGCGUCAAGGAGCUGCCUGCCGUCCUCCCGUCGCUGGCUGCACGCAGGUCCGCGGGGAGCGGGGGCGAACAAUCCAGGCGAUGGCGGCGGCCGCAGAUCGAUCAUCGGCGACAGACCUGAUGAACAGAGCAAGGGAGGGACACACACAUGCAAUAGAUACCACGAGUCAGACAGACAGACAGAUGGCAUGAAUUUGUCUAUCUAUCUCUUUGCGCCUUUCGUCUGAUCUGUCGGGGCGUGCUGACCUUCCUUGUUGCGAUUGGGUGUGUGUAUGUCGGGGACGGCAGCGGCAGCGGCAGCACACGGGGAAUGCCUGCAUGAGCCAUGAGGGGGAGAGACAAUUUAUCCAAAAUACACGUGUGUCUCACGCCUCAAAAAGUCCCUUUGCAUACUUUGGGCGCUUGAUCGACUCCAUACGGUCGUCCAUCUUCUGCUCCUUGGCCAGGCAUACCGCCUCACGAUACCCUCCCACCAACCCCCCCAGCAUGACGUAUCCACUCCCCCCAUUCGACUCAUCUCCCCGAGACCCACUCACACCGUCGGCGCACUUCGUGCCUUGGCCGAGGUGUGGGGGCUGGAUGCAGCCCGCUGCUGCCGCUGCGGCCGGCUGCCUCUGUCGGCGGGCAGUGACCAGCCGAUUCAUCUUCUUCUGCAACGGCUCUUCGUCCCCCUUGUCCCCCACCUCGCCCUUGGAUCCCUUCCCACCCACGGCACGCCGGCUGUCCGGUUUCUGUCUUUGAGCAGCAGCGGCGGCGGCUGAUGUUGCGCGAGAGGUCUUCUUGUGCGCCUUGGCGGCCGUGCCAUGUCUUUGCUGUGGCCUGGGGUCUUCAGGCCCAGCUGGAUGGGCAGAGGUCAAGUCAGCCCCGUUCUGGGACUGUUUGGCAGCAGCAGCAGCCUGAUUGAUUCGAAUCACAGGCAGGGAGCAAGGACACACAUCCCAUGAGGGGGCCAUGCAGCUUUCAUGCAUCGGCGUCUCGGCGAGGCCGAAACGCCCAUAUUUGCCCGAAUGUAGUGGUCAUUCCCUCUCCUUACCUGUGAGCGUGUCACCAUCGGGUGCACCAUCCCGGCAGACGACUGGCGAUAUGACUUCAAAGACUCCUGCCGUGAGCAACAGCAACAACACAACUCGAAAGGCAGUUGUACAACUGAGCAGACUCCGAGACGCCUCGGAACAGACGGGCCAGCUCCACUGGCAAGCGGACGACAAGAAGGCAAGAAAAUGACGGAAGACAAACGUGAG